AUGGCGCCGCCGCAGCAGCCUCGCACGAGCUAUACCAUGUGCCCGACCCCGUCUUGCCGUGCUGGCAAGCAGUGGGAUUGGAACUGGCGUAUUGUCAAGAAUGGCGGAGCUUGCUCGGUGUGUGGACAGGUGCAGCAGCUAUACUCUCCGAAGAAGAAGAAGGACAAGCCCAAGGGAGGACCGCCGAAGGGGCCGGGGCCAGCCGUGCCCGCCGCUUCAUCUCCUGCGAUCUUCAGCCCCUGGGGUAAGGCGAAGCUCAUCAACCAGCUUGAGGCCCUCGUGCAGCAAGAUGCAUCGGUUACGGCUUCAGUUCUCGCCAUCAAGCAGGCAGUUGAGACGCCCGCAUUGCCGAGGUCGCGCACACCCUUGGAGCAGCUCCAGUCCACGGAGGCCAAGGCGAAGCAGGCGGCCACCAAUGCACACAACUUUCUUACGGAGAUUUCAAACUUGGAGACGCGCCUCAAGCAGGCGCGCCAGGACUACGAUCAGGCCAUGGAGGAGCUCGUGGACGCUGAGGAGGCCCAUGAGGCUGCGGUCCUGGCCUACAACAAUGUUCGCGGCCAGACGGCUUCCGAGGUCAAGCCUGAGUCUGUGCCCGAUUUCUUGGCAGCAUAUGAAGAUAAGCUCAAGAGCAUUUCGAUUGAGGAGUACGAGGAUGGAGAGGCCAAGGACAAGCUGCAGACGGCCCUCACGGCGAUGGAUGAGGCCAAGGACCAGGCCGCGGCGGUCAUCCACGCCGUCCAGAAGGCCCUCGAGGGGGUCAAGCUGGCUGCAGCGCAGGCGCCCCUCAAGAGGCGGCGCGUGGUGGAGGUGGUGUCUGGCCCAGAGGCGACGGCUUCGGCAGUCGGCGCUGAGGGUUCGCUGGGCCCAGCCACCAAGGCUGAAGGCGGCGCCGAGGUGGGCGCCGCUACUGGCACCGAGGGAGCCAAGGCGGCGGCCGCGGCAGCAGCCCCAGCAGCAGCCCCGUCGGAUGCUGAGGCCAAGGCCCGAGCCUCCAAGGUCAAGGCUGCACGGGAACGGCUCGAGCAGUCCGCUGCGAAGGCCUGCCCAGUCGCGAGGAGUGAGCUGCGUAGCAUCAGCGACGUCGGAGUUGGCACCUGCGACCUCGGCCUCAGGCAGUCCCCAGCUGGCCCGCUCUUCGGGGAUGGGGGUACGAGCGAGGUACGAGGCAUCGUCAGCUCCGUGGAGGCCGACUCCGUCGACCUCGAGCCCAGGCAUCCUCCAUCUGGCCCGCUCUUCGGGGGUGGAGGCACGUGCGAGCUGCGUGGCAUCUUCAGCGACAGCGGAGUUGUCGUCUCUGGCUGCGGGGUCAGGCAGCCCCCAUCUGGCCCGCUCUACGGGGGUGGGGACACGAGCGAGCUGCGAGGCAUCGUCAGCUCCGCCGAGGUUGGCUCCCUCGACCUCGAGCCCAGGCAUCCUCCAUCUGGCCCGCUCUUCGGGGGUGGAGGCACGUGCGAGCUGCGUGGCAUCUUCAGCUCCACUGGAGUUGGCUCCGUUGGCUCCGAGUACAGGCGCCCUCCAUCUGGCCCGCUCCUCGGGGAUGGAGGCACGUGCGACAUUGGAGUUGGCGUCAUCUACCUCGGUGUCUUGCAACCCCCAUCUGGCCCGCUCUUCGGGGAUGGGGACACGAGCGAGAUGCGUGGCCACGUCAGCUCCGACGGUGGCGUUCCAGUCUACUACGGGGGGUGGCUGCCUCCAUCUGGCCCGCUCUUCGGGGAUGGAGACACGGGCGAGCUGUGUGGCGUCAGUGGUCACGCGGUCGGCUCGUGA